AUGGCCGCCGACGAGACGACGCCACUGCUCCCAAAUGGGACGGCCGAGGAUAACAGUCGUCAAUCAUCAUCACCAUCACUAUCAUCAACCACCAAUAGUGAAAACACCACCAGCGAUAACCAUGAUAACCUUCACCAUGUCAACAAAGAAAAACAAUGGUCACUCAACCCCCUCACCCUCCUCACCCGCCUCCACGUCGAAACCCGCAUCCUCCUCGCCGCCUUCCUGAUCACCACCUCCUUCUCCUUCACCCAAGUCCCCAUCUUCUACGUCUUCUACCUCAUGGAAUGCGACGACUUUUACACCCGUCACCCUCCGUACGCUGGGUCCGGUGACCGAUGCAGCCGCAACGAGAUCGCCGCCGGCACCGCCACCGACUUCUCCUUUCUGGCCAUGAGCACCACCAUCUGCGGCACCGUCAACCUCUUCUUUGCCGGCUGGCUCGUCAAGAAAAUCGGCCCGCGACUGGCGCUGAUGGCCCAGGUUUUGGUCCCUGCCAUCCGCGUGCUGACCCAGAUCCUGGGUGUUUUGGCUGGCGGCAGGUCUGGCAUCGUGAUUUUCCAGGCGACGCAGUUGAUCACCGUCUUGGGCGGGCCCGUGGGGUAUAUCCUCAUCAUCAACAUCAUCGUCGGUGAGGUGGUCUCUCCCGCAAGAAGGACGCCCGUCUUUGGCAUGCUGCAGGGGUGCUUCAUGCUGGGCCAGGCGGUCGGCUACCUGACAGGCGGCAUGAUUGGUGAUGCGUGGGGGAUCCGGAGGCCGUUUGAGGUGGCCUUUGUUGCUUUUUUGAUCUCGACGGCGUAUGUGCAGUUGGCGCUACCGUACGUCAGUCCGGAGAGCAUGGCGGGCGGGAAGAAGCCCGGGUCCAAGGCGAAGGGGGUGGCUGCCGGGUUUUUUGCGCCGCUGAAGGUAUUGGCGCCGCAGAGAGUGAGGUUGAGGAGCGGGAAGGAGAUCAAGCAUUUUGGCGUGCUGAUCUUGUGUACGGGUGUGUUUUUGGGCGUGCUGGCUACCGACUUCGCUGCCAUGUUGAUCCAGAUGUACGCCACGGCCGUUUUUGGGUUCCACCAAAGCGACAACGGCUGGCUCAUGUCCGAGUUCGCCCUCAUGCGCGCCGUCUUCUUGAUCCUCCUCUUUCCGCGCAUCAUCUCCUCCGGUCGGAAAUGGUACGCCAAGCGGCAAUCCCAGCGCCAGCCGCGCCGUGACUCCAUUUCCGACGAAAGGGAUCCCGCUACCCAAGGCCUGCUCAUCCGACCCGAGCAACUGGAGGCUCCCAUGGGCACGUACGCCGAAGAAGAGCCCAUGGUGACACAGCCACCGACGGAAACGGAAGACACGCACUUUGAUCUCUUCUUCCUCCGUUGGAGCUUGGUGGCCGAUGGUUUGCUGACCUCUUGCGCUGCGCUGGCGACCAAGAAGUGGCACAUCUACCUGGCUGCGGCCAUGCUUCCGUUUGCGAGUGGCACUGCCCCGGCUGCAAAGGGUGUCAUGACGGAGAUGUGCUCGCCUUCACAAAGGGCUGAUGCCCUGAAUGCGUUGACGCUGGUUGAGAACAUUGGCCGAUUGGCGACGCAAGGUUUCUUUGGAUUCGUGUUUGCUGCAUUGGCAGAGGCGGGGAAGCCUCAUUUGACAUUUUAUUGCAAUGCGAUUCUUGCCAUGAUCGCGGCGAGUGUCCUGAUCUUCUCCCGCUUCCCGCCAAAUGGGAGUGAGUUGAUUGAAGCCGACGAUGCAGAGGAGCACGUCGACGGAAGCACCUAGACUUAGGGCGAAUAAGCAGAUCGCCCGGGGACAUAUUGUAUGUCAGGAUUCACGGAAAAAGUUUUGCGUUUUAGGAUACCAGGCGUUUUGGGUUUGGGAUAUACAAUCAUCAUCAUUUCCUGCUUCUUUGAUCUUAUUCUCAUCACGGUCCUGAACCAUUCCAUUCACGCACCUAGACUUACUGUGUAGAACGAGCUCAUCCUAUCUUCUCAC